AUGAUGGCGAAGGGUGGUCGGAACAACGCCGAAACAGUCGAGUCAGACCAUGAGCAACGACAGAAAAAUAAGAAGAAGGGGGAGGAGGAUGGCGGAAAAAUGGCGACGCACACACCCGGAAACCACGCCGUCGACUACCCUCGUCCGGAGAUAAAGUUGUUACGCUCGGUGGCUCGGCUGGUCGGAAAAGCGCGACCAAAUGGCGACUGCGACUGGGGUGCUCACACAUGGCGGCUGAGGUGCUCACCGGAGGUGGGGUUUGCUUCUUCUAACCACGACGUCGGGAAGUCACAGUGGCGUUCCAUUGGCACGGUAGCAAGCGGCAGUCGAGCUUGUCAUCAUCGGCAAUGGGGAGGCGGCUGGGAGAGGGAGGUAUAA